AUGGAGAAAUCUGUCACCCCAAGGAGCAAAAGGGUUAGCAAUCACAUACCUGAUGACGUUUCACUCUCCAUUCUAUCAAAACUAUCUCUAAAAUCUCUCCAGAGAUUUGAAUGUGCAUGUAAACAAUGGUCAAUCUUAUUCGAAAACCCUUAUUUCAUGAAUACCUACCGCAAUCAUAUCAUACAUACAAAUCAUUCUCAUUAUGAUUACUAUGAUGAUGAUGAAUCUCUCAUCUUACAACAUGCUAUACUGAUUGACCCCGUAGUUACUCCCGGCCCCACACACUGGUCCACCUUGUAUUUCGUUUCUGGUGAGACAUUUGAGAACACGUUCAAAUUGAAUUUUUCACUUCCAUUUCAAGUCCUUGGUCCAGAUAUUAAUAUUGUCGGGUCUACAAGUAUCAAUGGCACUCUUUGUCUCUCUAAUUUAUUGGAUGAUGAGAGAAAUGUUGUAUUGUGGAAUCCAAUUACCGAUGAAUUCAAUGUCAUUCCUCCUAGCCAUGUCGAGUCCUCACCUUACCGGACUUUUAUUGCUAUUGUUCAUGGAUUUGGUUAUGAUCAUCUUAACGAUGACUAUAAGGUGAUUCGCUAUGUAGAAUUUAAUAGCCUAUCUUUCUGUGAAAUUUACUGUCGGGAUUUGUCAGAGGAUGAUCCAUCAUUAGAUGUAUAUGAGGAACCGGUAUGGGAGAUAUAUAGUCUUAAAAACCACUCUUGGAAGAAACUUGAUGUCGACAUGUCUAUGGUGCUGCGCCCUAAAACUGGGAAAGACCUUAUCCGAUUCUACUUGGAUGGAAUGUGUCAUUGGUGGGAUAAAAUUGAAAAAGACAAUGAUGGAUCAUAUUUUGUUUCAUUUGAUGUCAGCAAUGAGGUGUGUGUUACAACACACAUGCCCUUGGAAAUCGGUGAUACUUUUGAUCUUAGAUCGGUGAAGAGACAUUUGGUGAUGUUGAAUAAGUCCAUUGGUUUGAUCUCAUAUAGUGAGGAGACGAAUACUCUUCACGUGUCAGUUUUAGGUGAAAUUGGUGUAAAGGAAUCGUGGACCAAACUUUUCAUUAUUGGGUCAUUGCCUUAUGUUGACUAUCCCGUUGAAGCAGGGAGGAAUGGUGACAUAUUCUUCGUUAAAAAAGAUGGAGAACUAGCUUGUUUUAAUUUGGAUACCCGGACUGUUAAGGAGCUUGGUGUAGAGGGAAUCAUGAGUCAAAUGGUAAUUUAUAAAAAAAAAAGCCUUCUUUCGAUCAGAGGAAUAAAUAAAUAAUUGUCUUUGUUUUGUUUUCACCCAAGAAGUAUCCUUCGUAUUUUUAAGCAAUUAUGGCUGGUAGU